AUGGCGGACCUGGGCGUGCCCGAAGAGACGACGGAGUACCGGGACCCGCCGGACGUGCUUCAGAAGAAGAUCAAACAGCUGGCAAAUCUGAUCAAACAGAGUCAGUACAUGGUGGCAUACACUGGCGCAGGCAUCAGUACCAGCACGGGCAUCCCUGACUUCCGUGGGCCUCAGGGCGUCUGGACCCUCCGCGCCAAGGGCCUGUCCGCGUCGCGUGCCCCCCGGGCGGGCCGCCCCCGGCCGUCCCUGACGCACAUGGCCCUGGCGGAGCUGCAGAACCGGGGGAAGCUGAAGUACGUGGUCAGCCAGAACACGGACGGUAUGCACCGCAGGUCGGGCAUCGCGAAGAGCAAGCUGGCGGAGCUGCACGGCAACACGAACAUGGAGAUCUGCCGCAACUGCGGCCGCGAGUACUGGCGCCCCUUCUCCACGCGCGAGGCGCGCGACGUGCUGGACCACCGCACCAGCCGCAAGUGCGACAAGUGCGGGCAUCAGUUACACGACACGAUCGUCAACUUCAGCGAGCCGCUGCCGUCGGGGACUCUCCACCGGGCGAUGGAGCACAGCGACCGGGCGGACCUGGGCCUCGUGCUGGGGACGUCCAUGCGGGUCUCGCCCGCGGCGGACCUGCCCAUCCGCAUUGUCCGGCACCGGAAGCCGCUGGUGAUCGUGAACCUGCAGAAGACGCCGGCGGAUGAGCUGGCGGCGGUGUGCAUCUUCGGCAAGACCGACGAAGUAAUGGAGGGCGUCAUGCGCGAGCUCGGGAUCGACAUCCCGCCCACGUACGACCUGCUGGACGAGCCGCGGGAGAAGCAACCCGAGCGGUGA